AUGCGCUUCACACUCGCCGCCUUGGCCAUGGCGGCCACAGCCGGCGCCAUCCCGACAACCUCAACUUCACCCUCAGCCGCCUCCCACAACGACUUCUCCUGCAAAUCCAGCCACAACGCCGUCGUGCUCCUCCACGGCCUCGGCGCCACCUACUACGAAGACCUCAACCUGCUCGAGGCCUGGCUUCGCACAAAAGGCCUCUGCACCUUCUCCCUCACCUACGGCGCCUACGACGGCUUCCCCCUCGUCGGCGGCCUCAAGCCCGUCGAGGAGUCGUCGUCGCAAAUCGCCCCCUUCAUCCGCGACGUCCACCAGGCCACGGGCUCUCGCAAGGUCGAUCUCGUCGGCCACUCCGAGGGCGCAUUCCAAGCCCUCUACACCACCAAGUUCGGCGGCGUCGAGCACAUUGUCGACGCCCUUGUCGCCAUUGCCCCCCCAACGCACGGCACCUCCUUCGCUGCCCUGUACAGACUCGCCGAGCUGCUGGGCGCCGAGAGGGGCGUCAAGGACGUUCUCGGGACCUUUGGGUGCAAGGCCUGCGCGGGCCUGGUCACUGGUGGUGCCGCCGUCCAGAGACUCAACGACGGAUCGCCCUUUGUGCAGCCGGGCACCGUCGUGACCGUCAUCACGUCAAGGAGUGAUGAGCUGGUGACGCCCACCGAGACUUCCUUCGUCCGUGAGCCGGGCGUGAAUAAUAUUUACGUGCAGGAUUAUUGUCCCCUUGAUCCCGUCGGUCAUAUCGGCGAGGCGUAUGAUUUGAAUGUGUGGAAUCUGGUGCUGAAUUCCUUGGAGAAGAAGGUUGGGCGCAAGUUCCCCUGCGUAUUCGGAUCUCCUGGUAGAUAG